CUCCCGAUUCUCCGCGUUUUGGACCUGUCAACAAAGGCUUUCCCCACCCUGCGCCAGGGGACUCGCUUGCGUACAAGCCGGCGGCCCAAACGGGGCUGGGUCCGGCCGUCUCCUCCCUGCCUUUCCUUCCCUUUUUAUGCCCUGUCUCGGGCGGGCGGGCGCGCAUGCUGUGGACUCGCCCGCCAGACGCCGAGGUUGCUGCGUGCGUGUUGCUUGGCAGAUAUACAGAGAGCACUGAUCCAGAGGUGGGUUUCAGCAGGUUCUAACCAGUUCUGGAGAAGCGGUAGCGGAAAUUUUGAGUAGUUCGGAGAAACGGUACACUUUAGUGCAGUUCUCCAAACCAGGGUGACUUCCAGAUAUGUGAACCUCAGUUCCCAGAAAAUGUAAGAGCAUGCUGGCUGAGAAUUUUGGAAAUUGAAAUCUCUACAUCAGGAGGGUUCUUAAUAAACAAGAGGCUAAUGCCAGGAACCGCCCUUCUCCCGCAUGCAACAUAUAGGAUAAGGAUUGUAUUCCUCACCGCUUGAUAAUUCUCAUCCAGUAUGGAGGCAAGAAAUAUUUCAGAAAGGAAUCAUGGUCUCUGAUGCUGUGCUGAAAUCUGUUCUUCAGUUUCCUGAAAGUCUGAAAAAUAAAUUUCUGGUUUUUUACCUUAUUUUGAGCUUAUAUCUACCAUAUAUACAAGCCACUGGUCGUUUGGAAGCUGCGCUAAGGGACUUGCAAAAGAUUGAAGUCAGCUCUGAGAUCGAUGCCUAUUUAUAUACUGCAGAUUUAAAUUACUCCAGUCAUUGUAAUCUAUCAGUGUUAAAAUGCUUUCAACUUGAGAUGGAAGUAGUGUCGUAUGAAUCUAAAUAUGGGGAUCGAAAAUUUCAUAAUAGUGUGGAUAGUAUAAUCAGAAAUGUUAGAAGUUUUCUACGCAUUGAAACAAAUACAGAUACAAAGACCUGCCAACGAUGUGAAACAUAUAAAGAAAAAAAAUAUUCAGACUUUAUAACACACUUCAUGUUUGUUAUACAGCGGAUCUACCAAGAAGAGAAUACAAAAAUGAAAAUUGUGCACUGAGAUAUUCCAUUGAAGCUGGAAGAAAUAAUUUAUUUCGUCCUUGGAAAGAUAAUUUCUGAAUGGUCAGCCUAAUCCCAUCUCUCUUUUUUCUUUCUUUCUUUUUUUUGUCUUCCCAUCUGGGAGUUUGAAGUAGAGGUAGUCCUCAUUUAGUGACUGCCUUGUUUAGUGACCAUUUGCGGUUACAGUUAUGAAAAAGUAACUUUGCAACCAAUCCUUACAUUUACGAGUUUCAUGGGUCUGUACAGCAAAGGAAAUUUAAGUAAGAUCAGUUGAAUUUUCACUUGGCAAUUACUUUGCUGAAUGACAAUUGUGGGUCCCAGUUGGGAUUGCUAAACAGGUACUACCUGUAACUAAAUUAGCUGAACCACACUUUGCUUUCUGCUUCAAGAGAGGAGAUCACAUUUAUGUACUGGAAUGCUGGAAAAGAGAAAGAGGAGGAAAUUGGGGAACAUCGGGAUAGAGUUGGCUUUGGACAGUGACUAAAAAUGUGAAAAAAAAUCAAUGCAGAUUCAGAAACACACGCAAUUGAAAGGUGAAUGGACUUCAUGAAAUCCAGACGUGCUGAAUAGCAUAGCAGCCAAAGACCUGGCAAUUUACAAAGAUUUAGCAAUUCCAACCUGCUUAUACAAGAAAAGGGCAAAAAAUGGAAAAGGAGUUUAAAGAAAUUAUGAGAAGAUAUAUAAUUAUAGUGGUAAAAUUUAGAAUUAAGUAGGCAUCAUCAUUUGUUUAAAACCUUUCCCAGUUUUUUAGUAACCCUUCAAUACAAAUCUGUCACAUGUUUAAGAGGAUAUGGAUAGAAAUGUAGAGAUGGAAUUUUUCUGACCCGCUCCCCAAGCACAACAAACCCUCUGAAGUUAAAGCAAUGAUUCCUUUAUUAGGAGCGUCAGCAGCACCGACAAAAAGUUUCUCUUUCAGCGCAGGCUAACAAGUCAGUCCGGCAGGGAGAUGAAUAGUUGUCUGCCACAUCUAUUCAUCUCCGCCCCUGCCUUUUAUCUCCAGAGCUAGUGUGGGGCUUCGCUAGCAGCAGUGACUCUUCCGUCCCAAGGAUCGGCCCACAGAUUUCCACUGCUCUCCUCUCCUCUGCCUUCUGUGCAUCUGUGCAUCAGGCACUGGACCCAGCUGUUCCUCCUCUUCCUCAUCAGCCACCUCCAGACCUGGAGGCUGUUGACUCUCCAUCUGAGGACUGACAGAUGGCCCAGGCUUCGCCUCUGUCUCUCUCUCUUUCUGACAGCUCGAUUCCCUCUUCCCUGUCAGAGCUGUCAGGUUGCCUUGAUGGUGACCCUGACUCCAUCUUAAAACAACCUUAUCAUCAUUAAUUCUGGAUAGACAAUACUGCACAAUCUGGGGAUGCGCUUAGACUUGCAACAUCUGUUCGAAGAGUAGGUGGCAGUCAUGGUAGGAGACUCUUCAUACAGUUGCCUCCUUUCUUGAAUAAUGAGACCCUGAAUGCAAUCACUCGUGCCCUGGUCAUCUCCCAGUUGGAUUACUGCAAUAUUCUCUAUAUGGGAUUACCCUCAAAUAGUAUUCAGAAACUACAAAUGUCAAUGGUCUGACUAGCAAAUUCAAGAAAAAUAGACACUCUCAGGAACUAUAAAGCAAAACUUUAUUGGAUACAACAUUUUGGCACUGAAGAAUCAGAACCAACUGUGAUUUUUCCCAUGCAAUGCUUGUAUAGUUAAACAAUAGCUCCUUCUCCCCAUCCCAAUUUGGUUACAUUGUCCAAUUAUGAAUCAUCUUUUUGUUUUGAGAAUAGUUCACUUCUCUGUCAGACACCUGCAUCAGUGUCCUUUGUGGGAUCUUGGCUCUCACGGUCCGCCUCUGGAGCAUCUGCAUUCUUUCACCCUUCCCGCCAAGUCCUUUGGCAAGUUGAAAGUGAUAAUACCUAAAUGUUUCAAAAGUGGUUCAACUUUGACAACAACUGGUACAGAAUAUAGUGGUGCGGAGAGUUCUGGAAGCACCUGAUGGUAUAUGUGACAGUGACAGUGGUGGGUUUCUACCGGUUCACACCCAUUUGGGCAAACCGGUAGCAGUAAUUUGGCCUGGGUCGCUGAACUGGUAGUGACUGCUGGCUGGUCAUGCCCCCAAACCAGUUGCCCGAUCAUCGCUCACUCGCCCUGCCCCCCACUCGCCCUGCCCAGUCACUCCUUAUGUCUACUGUGUGGGUCCUCACUUGCAGCUUGCCUGCCGGAAGUGCUGUGCCCCAACUGAGUGGCCCUGAUCUGCCUGCCAGGUAAGCCUGUGAGUCUCAGCCUAGCUAACUGCCCCAACCCCCCCAUCUGAGACUGCCUCCCCUGCGGCCCCCAGCCCUGCAAUGCCUCCCUGCCUUCCACGUGGCCUUCCCAGUGGCCUCCAUGGCCAGGCCCACUUGCGAAGGCCUUCCCUACUCCCUUCUCUGUGGCCCGCAGCUGUGCGGCCCAAACAUGAUUGCCUGCCUUCCACAUGGCUUUCCAGUGUUCCCGUGGUCAGCUUGUGAAGGCAGGCAAGCUUUAAUGGGUGCGAGCAAACAUGCACACCAUGAGGUGUGUGCACCAUGAGGUGUGUGCGACUGCAAAUUUGCUCUCUGAUACGAGGCCAAGAAGGAGGAGAAGACUUGGCCGAACUUUGGAAGAACUUUGCCCAAGACUUCUCGUACACUCAGGGGCUAGCCUACACCUCUCCCAAAGAUGAGUUUGGCGGCGAUCUAAGGAAACGUCUUCCAGCUCUUCAAGAUCAACUUUUAAGAGCACUGAGAAGCCAAGAGCAAAAGUAGCAGGGGCGACAGGGGCAUGUGUGUGUCCCUCCGCAAGGAGUGUGAAGGGAGGCAGGCACCGUGCCUCUGAGAAAAAGAGGUGGCAAAGCCCGGGCUGUCGCCAGGGAAGGACCACGGAGGGACAUGUCACACACCCCUGUCACCCUCGCCGGCACUACUAUUGCUCUCGGCUUCUUGGUGCAGUGUCUACCUUCCAUCACUCCUUGCCCAUGCUGGGAGCGCUGAACUGGAGCAGGAAAGCAUGCACGGGAGCGAGAGCGCACGAAGUUGGCCACUGUGGGGAGAGCACCUUUGCUUCUCCUCUUGCUCCUCACAGUCGCCCUGAGUUGAGCCAGUGCGGUUCUUUACAUGGGCAGCCCUGACGACCACAGCAGGAACAAGCAGCACUGCAACAACGAAGUACAGUAAGAUUUGGCGGUGCAGAAAUUGUUCCAUAAAAAAUAGUGCAUCUCCGAGGUGCCUCUGGCAAAAAACAAAAAAACCACCCCAAAACAAAACCCAGGCUUGCAACAACAGUUUGGAGCUUGUUAAAUGUUCUUCCACCCCAGCCAUGUGUUUUCCAGUCCGGGCUGCUCGGCAGGCAGACUCAGCAGGCAGACUUUUAUUUUGUCAGCCCAAAGCGGGGAGGUACAUAUGAAAUCACCCUGUCUCUGCAGCAUCAGUCAUGUGACUGAGUGGACGUGGCCAACUCGAUGUCACUCACAACAAGGUGCUCCCAACCUUGUCAUGAGUGAUGUCGAGUUGGCCAUGCCCACUCAGUCACAUGACUCCACCAAGCAAGCCACGCCCACAGAACCAGUAGUAAAAAAUGUUGAAACCGACCACUGGUGACACCGCUCUUAUGUGAGCUUCAUUAGCUGCCAGUUUGCUUCCAUGUUCAAUUCAAGGUAUUGGUUAUCACCUUUAAAGUCUUUUAUGGCAUGGGUCAGGGCAUAUGAAGACCAUCUCACCCCAAAGGGACUAGCUACUCCACUCAUUCCAGUGGGAAAGGCCCAUUGUGGAUCCUGUUAGCCAAAGAAUUUCAACUGCUGUGGUCCAGGAGAAGAGCUCUGUAAAAACAAGUACCUGGAGAUGUAAAACAAUGACAAAGUUGAAAUUCUGGAGAGUAAGAGAGAGCUUGCAGAAAGAGAAUUAGAAAGAGAACUAGAUAGUAGGGCUCUAUUAGCAUUGGCAUUGAGAAAGGGAAAAAUUUGACAUUUACAGCACUCCCAGGGAAUUCUGAUGAAAAUGUUUUUUAAAAAGUUGUUAAAUUUUUAGAAAAUGUUUUGGAUUGGGAUGUGGAGGUAUAAUUUGUAGAAAUUGAUGAUUGGUAGAAUAAAAACAAGAUUUGUGAUAUUAAGAAAUAUUAUGAGGGAUUUUUUGGGGUCCCUUGUCAAAAAGAAGACAAGGAAUUGCAUCAGCAUUAUAUACAACACUGAAGAUUGAUAAUACAGAUGUAAUUAUUGCCAAAGAUAUUCCUGUAAAAAUCUUGUGUAAAAGAAAUAAGUAUUCUUUUUUUACCUGAGAGAUUAAAGCAAAAAAACAAAACAAAACUCCAUUUCAAUGGGACAAAUUGGCAGUAUAAUUUUUACUUUUAAACAAUGUAUUAAAGAUGUGCUCAUUUAUAGCCUUUAUCUGGAUUUUUAUCACAUAAUGAUAAACUGAUUAACACAAUUCUGUAUGAAUAAAGUUUAAUUUGUUGUUUAAAAACA